AUGACACUUCUUCUUGAAGAUCAACUCCACAGGAUGAAGGACACAAAAGGCAUCCGCUACAACGCUAAUGAUUGGCACAACUUCAACCGACCCUCCAUCCUCACCUACUAUAAAAACCAGAAAAAAAACACCGCCUCCCUCCCCUCAUAUCUCCCACGUGAAAAUGACAACCAAAUUGACAAACAUAUUCCGCGAUGGGGAAUGGGAAAUUGA